UAAAUCAAAAUGCCAGUGAAACGUCAAGUAGACGAUAAUAGAGUUCAUAAUGGGUUAUCAAAAUUGAUAAAAUUUGUUCUUGUUUCAAGAAAAGAAAUAGUAUAACGAAGAGGAUUACAAUACGAUUUGGAUCCGCGAGUAUAAAAAAUGAAUAAUAACGUACUGAGAGCUUGUUUUCGCGACAUAACUCGCAGAAUUAACACGCACACUUCGCAAAUUUUAUCAAGUCCUCUGCAAGAAUUGCAAGCAACAAGACACCCUAAAAAUAUAUUUGUAGUAAGAAAUUUUAAUACAACUUCAAUCAUGAGUAACGCAGUAUUAAAUGGAAACUUAUGGGACACUGAUCCCGAAUUAUAUGAAAUAAUUAAGAAAGAGAAGCAACGGCAAGCGAGUGGUCUGGAGAUGAUUGCCUCUGAGAACUUUACAUCUAUACCAGUUCUCCAGUGCCUUAGCUCAUGCUUGCACAAUAAAUACUCUGAGGGUAUGCCACAUCAAAGAUAUUAUGGAGGCAAUGAAUUUAUUGAUGAAGUAGAAAUAUUGGCACAGCAGAGAUCACUAGAGGCAUACAGACUCAAAGCUGAAGAUUGGGGAGUUAAUGUCCAGCCAUAUUCAGGUUCUCCAGCCAAUUUCGCAGUGUACACAGCAGUUGUGGAGCCCCACGGUCGCAUCAUGGGCUUGGACCUGCCUGAUGGGGGGCAUCUUACACAUGGAUUCUUCACAGCCACUAAGAAGAUAUCUGCCACUUCUAUCUUCUUUGAGAGUAUGCCAUACAAGGUGGAUCCCCAAACAGGUCUCAUAGAUUAUGACAAGCUAGCAGAAACGGCACGGCUAUUUAAGCCGCGUUUAAUCAUCGCUGGCAUGAGCUGCUAUUCACGCUGUCUGGACUACAAACGCUUCAGACAGAUCGCGGAUGAGAACGGAGCUAUGUUGUUGGCAGAUAUGGCGCACAUCUCUGGACUGGUGGCUGCAGGUGUAGUCCCAAGCCCAUUUGAAUACAGUGAUAUAGUAACGACAACUACCCACAAGACGUUACGCGGUCCUCGCGCAGGUGUUAUCUUCUUCCGAAAGGGAGUGAGAUCUGUAAACGCUAAGGGGGAGAAGAUAAUGUACGACUUGGAGAACAAAAUCAACCAGGCAGUGUUCCCCGGCUUGCAGGGCGGUCCGCAUAACCAUGCUAUUGCUGCGAUCGCUACUGCUAUGAAACAGGCUACUUUGCCCGAGUUUGUGGACUAUCAACGACAGGUGAUAAAGAACGCUCAGCGGUUGUGCGAAGGUCUAAAAUCGCGCGGCUACGCCAUCGCGACCGGCGGUACGGACGUGCAUUUAAUACUCGUGGAUGUCCGCAACGCGGGCCUCAGCGGAGCGCGCGCCGAGCGCAUACUGGAACUAUGCAGUAUCGCGUGCAACAAGAACACCGUGCCUGGAGACAAGAGCGCUCUCAAUCCCAGUGGCAUCCGAUUAGGUACACCAGCAUUAACUUCAAGAGGCUUAAAGGAGGCUGACUUUGAUAGAGUAGUAGAUUACAUUGACAAAGCCCUGAAACUUGCUCAAGAAAUCACCAAGAUAUCCGGACCCAAAUUGGUAGACUUCAACAAACUUAUUGCAGAAAAUGCAGAUAUCAAGGCCAAAAUCAACAGUCUCAAGGAAGAAAUUGAAAACUACAGCCGAUCUUUCACUCUGCCUGGCUAUGAAAAAUAUUAAACUAUCGAAACUAUGGAAUAAUGUGCAUUUUAUCCAAUAUUGCCAUUUGAGAUCUUGUCUAUGUUCAAGGUUCCUAUAAUGAUUUAUAUUAUAUUAUACUAGUAAUACUAUACACAUAUAAAUCAGUGAUAA